CUGCUAGAUUACAGAGGUAUACGGACAUGGAUAUGUAAUAUACGAGACUUCUAUAAAAAUCUGUAACCAGAAGAUUGAUCAAUCUGUGUUUAAGUUUGUAGAGUGAGAGCUUUGCUAUCAAGAAUCAACUGCAAGUAUCUGUAAGAGCAUUGUAUAGGCGUUCACUAUCAACUUUGUGAUGGCCAGCAUCCGGAAGAAGUUAGUAAUUGUUGGUGAUGGAGCAUGUGGCAAAACUUGUCUCUUGAUUGUGUUCUCCAAGGACCAGUUCCCUGAAGUGUAUGUUCCCACUGUGUUUGAGAACUACGUGGCUGACAUUGAGAUCGAUGGCAAGCAAGUAGAACUAGCACUAUGGGACACAGCAGGUCAAGAAGAUUACGAUAGGCUGAGACCCCUCUCCUAUCCUGACACUGAUGUUAUCCUGAUGUGUUUCUCCAUCGAUAGUCCGGACUCUCUGGAAAACAUCCCUGAGAAAUGGACACCAGAAGUCCGACAUUUCUGCCCUACAGUUCCUAUUGUCCUGGUGGGUAACAAGAAGGAUCUUCGAACUGACGAAGCCACCCGUAGAGAGUUAGCAAAGAGCAAACAGGAGCCAGUCAAAACAGAAGAGGGCAGAGCCAUGGCUGAGAAGAUUGGAGCGUAUGCUUAUCUCGAGUGCACAGCCAAGUUUAACGAAGGAGUUAGAGAAGUGUUUGAGACUGCCACCCGUGCUGCCCUGCAGACUAAGAAGAAGAAGGGAAAAAUGUGUACUGUUCUUUGAAUAUUCUACAUCCAAGAUUUAAUACAGCAUAAAUGUUCAACUAUGUAGUAAAUUAUUGUUGUGUACACUUGGUGCCUUGAAUUCUAGACUUAAGCAAGAUUGUGGUGCAUUUUAUUAACCAGUCCUACUUUGAAAAAAACUGAGCUUGUGUAAUUAUGCUUUUUGUGUGUUGUGAUAGGUAGAUAUUGCCUGUUGUAGUUUCUAAAAAUUAUUUUGUUUUGCACAUA